CCACUCUCCAUACUUUAACUCGCUCCCGUCCUCUAAAACUUCAUUGACAGCAGUUAUGGGCGGAGAAACUCACCGCAGGAUGCCUCUUUCAAAAGAAGAGUACCCGCUCCUGGCUGAGCGGCCUGUAGGCAAACAAAUCCAAAGCAUCUACCAGUCACGCCUGCGACAGUUUACAGACAACGGGCAAUACUAUGCACAGGGACUUCUGCCCAAGAUCAAUCCCGACCGUGCCUCUGGUGAGGACCAUGUAAAGCUAUCCGUCUACUCCCCUCCAGAUUUAUCCCGUCCCACCUUCAAAGAGGCCAUCUCGAAUUCUUUCAAACCCGCAAAAGUUGGAGAGUCUUUCGGACCCAGUUGGUCGACACACUGGUUCAAGGUCCAGCUUCGUGUGCCUGAAAGAUUGUUGAAAUACGACCACCUCGAGUUCGUCUGGGAUGCCAAUAAUGAGGGGCUAAUAUGGACUGAGGAUGGGGACGUCGUGCAUGGGCUGACAGGAGGCGGAGAAAGGACCGAGUGGAUCUUACCAAAGGAAUACAAAGAUGGCAGGGAGCACACGUUUUAUGUGGAGAUGGCAUGUAAUGGCAUGUUUGGUAAUGCCCCCGGAGGAGAUAGUAUCCAGCCGCCAAGCCCUAACCGGUAUUACCAACUGCACACUGCUGAGAUAAGGGCCGUCAAUCCAGAGGCGAGAGCUCUAUACUUCGACUUCUGGGAGAUUGGAGAUGCCGCUCGCGAGUUCCCUCAGGAAUCGGCACAGGCGCACCAGGCACAGCAGGUUGCAAAUCGCAUCAUGGACGCUUUCAUUGCGGGCAAUGGAAGCAAUGAGGCCAUCCGUGAAUGUCGAAAGAUCGCAAGAGAGUACCUUGGGAACAAUGUCGACUCACAUAAGAUCUACGACGGUGGGAAGGAGGCCGUUGUAACGGGAAUCGGCUACUGUCACAUUGAUACGUGCUGGCUCUGGCCAUUUGCGGAGACGAAGCGGAAGGUUGCACGGUCCUGGUCCAACCAAAUCGACCUCAUUGAUCGUUAUCCAGAGUUGCGGUUCUGCUGCUCCCAGGCACAACAGUAUAAGUGGCUUGAGCAAAACUACCCGAGCCUAUUUGACCGAGUCAAGAGGAAGGUCAAGGAGGGCACGUUCCAGCCAAUCGGCGGCAGCUGGGUUGAGCACGAUACAAACCUUCCUAGUGGAGAGUCACUGGUUCGACAAUUCGUUUAUGGCCAACGCUACUUCGAAAGUAGGUUUGGUCAGAGAUGCAAAACAUUCUGGCUUCCAGACACGUUCGGCUACUCAACACAGCUACCGCAAGUCUGCCGGCUGGCGGGAAUGACAAGAUUCCUAACGCAGAAGCUGAGUUGGAACAACAUUAAUAACUUUCCACAUACGACAUUCAACUGGGUGGCAUUAGACAACAGCCAGGUAGUAUGCCACAUGCCUCCAGCGGAGACAUAUACCGCAGAGGCGAAUUUCGGAGAUGUUAAAAGGUGUAUAUCCCAGCACAAGUCUCUAGACCAGGACGCUACCUCGCUGUUAGUCUUCGGAAAAGGUGACGGUGGUGGCGGACCGACCUAUCAGCACAUAGAAAAACUCAGGAGGUGUCGCGGUAUAAGUGAUCAAGUUGGACUUCUGCCCCGCAUCAAACUUGGCGACUCGGCAGACGAUUUCUUUGAUCGUCUGGAGAAAAGAGUAGAAGACGGCCUCGAACUUGUGACUUGGUAUGGCGAACUAUACUUCGAAUUGCAUCGCGGAACGUAUACUACGCAAGCAAACAACAAGCGCAACAACAGGAAGGCCGAGAUUAUGCUGCGGGAUAUUGAGUAUCUGGCUACCCUAGCCACCAUCAAGAAUAACUUUGGGAAGAGAAGCUCAUACAAGUAUCCAAAGAAGGACAUCGACGAUAUGUGGGAGAACGUCUUGCUUUGCCAAUUCCACGACUGCCUACCUGGCAGCUCCAUUGAGAUGUGCUAUGAUGAUUCGGACCAGAUAUAUGCCCAGGUUUUCAACACAGGAGAGGCGCUCCUGUCAGAAGCGCUCGCUGAGCUGGGCUUUGAUAAGUGCCCAAAGGCUGGGCAAAAGAUUGUUGCGCUGAACACACUUCCCUGGCCACGAACCGAGCUCGUCAAACUUCCCUCAGUCGCCGAUUCGGCACCAGGUUUGCGUCCUGCCGUCUACGGGCUGGCGCACUGCAACAGCAGCGGCAUCAUGGACCUCAGGCCGCUCACAUCGCCAUACUCAACACUAACGGCCCGCAUUACGGAGCUUGAGAAUGGUGGCUAUGAGAUGCGCAAUAUUCAAUACGUCGUUCAGAUCGUCAAUGGCGCCAUCACAUCCCUCUAUGAUAUCGACCACCGGCGCGAACUCAUCCCCCAGGGUGCGAAGGCCGCUCAGCUCGUCCUCUUCGACGACAAACCCCUCUACUGGCAAGCCUGGGACGUCGAGGUCUACCAUCUACGCUCGCGCACUGAGCUCCUUCCACAGAAAGUCAGCAUAACAGAAGAUACACCGUACCGCGUGUCCGUCACCAUUGAAACCAAGAUCUCCGACGUAUCCCACGCCACUACCACUAUCAGUCUCCCCGCCGUCGUCGCCGACAGGCCAUCCGCCAUCGAGAUCACCACCGAGGUGGAAUGGCAGGAAACGAUGAAGUUCCUGAAGGUUGAGUUCCCCGUUGACAUUGUCAACACCGAAGCCAGCUACGAGACGCAAUUCGGCGUCGUGCGUAGACCCACACACUACAACACUUCUUGGGACAUGGCCAAGUUCGAAGUGUGCUGCCACAAGUGGGCCGACCUGUCCGAAGCAACGUACGGCGUGAGUAUCCUGAAUGACUCAAAGUACGGAUUCGCGGUGGCAGGGAACACGAUGAGACUUUCGUUGUUGAGAGCUCCCAAGGCCCCGGACGCACAUGCGGAUAUGGGAACCCACAGUAUGCGGUAUGCGAUAUUUCCGCACAAGGGCUCGCUGGACGAGAAGACGGUGUACAAGGCCUUUGAGUUCAACAAUCCCAUUAAGCUGGUUGGUGUGGCAGAUGCGACGGGUGUCUCAGCGACCCCUGCGUCUCUUAUUACAAGCGUGAAUUCGCAGCUCUCGACGCACGACCUGCUCUCCUCGUUCCGCAUUCUGCACGCCCCAAACCUUAUACUGGAUACGGUCAAGCGCGCCGAAGACGAUGAGGACGUCUCCCGUGGGGAGUUCCCGCUCAAGCGUGGGAGGUCCGUCAUUGUGCGCUUGUACGAUGCGCUGGGAGGGAAGUCCAGGGGAGUAUUGUCGUGGGGUAAGUUGCAUGUGAAGAGAGUGAGUAGGGUGAAUGUGUUGGAGGAUGAGUUGGAAGAUUUGACCGUCAAUAUGAGGGAGGCUGUGGACGGCGGAAAGGGAGUGGAGAUUGAGGUUCGGGCGUUCGAGGUACUGACGAUGAAGUUGGAGUUGGAGUGAACAGGGAGUAUCUGGUGGAGACGGGUCAGUAAUUGGAGGUGAGCGCACUUGCGCGCGGCGGGGGAAGUGCAUUCGUAGCGUUUCUUGUAUCGUCGGAGGACUCAUGAGGAUAUACGUGAGCAUAGGAUUAUCACGGAGUGAAUACCAAUCCCAACCGGAAUUGUAAACGG